AUGUCCCAGAGUCCACAGAUUAAAGAGGAGCCUGAGGAGCAGAGAAUCAAACAUGAGGAAGAGCAGCUGCAAGUUUUAGUCUCUGUGAAGACAGACGAGUGCUCAGAUGGAGCGCAGGGCGAGGACAUCAGCUCAGGGAGUGGGGGCGACAUGGAGCACUUCUCUGGUUCCAGGCUCAAGCAGGAAAUCCAAGAGAGUAAAGAAGAGUCAGAGAAGAGCGGACAGCAGGAGGAAGAACAGCUGGAAGUGUGA